AUGCCGGACAGCGGGUCAGAGACGAGCGCUCAGCUGGAGCCUGAGCUGCGCGACAUGAAGAUUGAGGAAGGCGCGACCGCCUCGGACGGGGGUGAGAGCGAGGCCAUGCUGCAGGUGAAGGUGGAAGAGGCAGAGACGGAGACAGAGGCAGAGGCAGAGACCAGAUCUCCCUCUGGAGCCCACGGCCAUGCACACGCCCGCGAUCACACCCACGGCCACGGCCACGCCUCGACGCCCUCGGCCAUACCGCCCAGGCUCCAGACGCGCUCCAAGUCGCGCUCGCCCGCCGUCAAGUCCGACUCCAACCCACCAUCGCCCGCCAGCGCCCACGAGGAGACGGUCGGCGGCGACAUCAUGUUGAAGAUGGAGCCUGGCAAAGCCCCGAAGCUCUCGCGUGCAGCCUCGCAGAAAAUCCAUGCACGUCCGCCGCCCCUCUAUCUCGACCUGCCCGACUCCACCGAGGCGGCCAAAGCAACCUUCACCGUCUUGCCCGAAUGCACCUACGCCAACAAGAACAUUGGCACCACAGACCCGGCCUUGGAGUGUGAUUGCCAGACAGAAUGGGACCCCGUCCUCCAUGUCAACAAUGCUUGCGGCGAGGACUCCGACUGCAUCAAUCGCGCCACCAAGAUGGAGUGCGUGGGCGACUGUACCUGUGGCCGAAAAUGUCAGAACCAGCGCUUUCUGCGAAAACAGUACGCCGACGUCACAGUCAUCAAGACAGACAAGAAGGGCUUUGGACUGCGCGCGAACAAGGACAUGGCCCCCGGUGAUUUCGUCUUCGAGUACAUUGGCGAGGUCAUUGACGAAAAGACGUUCCGCCGUCGCAUGCUUCAAUACGACCACGAAGGCAUCAAGCAUUUCUACUUCAUGUCACUCACAAAGGGCGAAUUCGUCGACGCAACCAAAAAGGGCAACCUCGGCCGUUUCUGCAACCACUCGUGCAACCCCAACUGCUUCGUUGACAAAUGGGUCGUUGGCGACAAGCUGCGCAUGGGCAUUUUUGUGGAGCGUAGAGUUCAAGCGGGCGAGGAGUUGGUUUUCAACUACAAUGUCGAUCGGUACGGCGCGGAUCCCCAGCCCUGUUACUGCGGAGAGCCAAACUGCUCUGGCUUUAUUGGCGGAAAGCAGCAAUCCGACAACGCUACAAACUUAUCCCAUGCGACCAUUGAAGCACUCGGUAUCAAUGAUGGCGAUGGUUGGGACACGGCUGUCACGAAGAAGCCUCGCAGGAAGAAGGCGAGUGAGGAUGACGAGGAGUAUGUUAAUGAUCUCCAACCGCGAGAGCUGGAUGAAGACGGAGUCACAAAAGUCAUUCCAGCUCUACGGCAAUGUACUGAAAAAUGGAUUGCUGUCAAACUACUUAGCCGUAUACAACAAAGCGAUAGCGACAGAGUCGGGCAUCGCAUAAUACGCAUGCACGGCUACGAAACACUGAAAAAGACGUUGAUCGCCUGGAAAGACGACACAAAUGUCAUUUUGCAAAUUCUCGACAUCCUCCACAAGCUACCUCGAAUUACCCGGAACAAGAUCCAGGACUCAAAAAUUGAGGAAGUCAUGGAGACGUUGACGAGUAAUGAGGAUGAGCGGGUAUCAGAGUCGGCCAAGGAACUACUGGCAGCCUGGAGUAAGCUGGAAGUUGCAUAUCGGAUACCCCGUAUGAAGAGGGACCCCAAUGCCAGCACCCCGGUCCCCACCAUCAAUCACUUUGAGCGGCGAGAGAGAGGGCGUGAGCGAUCCAGAUCCAGGUCGCGAUCACCAACGAUAGCAGCACCAAAGGGUCCUGCCACUCUAAACGCUCCGUCUGGCCCCCGGGCAUUGAAUGCACCUCGUGGUCCGGCUGGUUUCUUCAGUGCUCCACGUCCGGUCCACCGACCGCGACCCUUCACCAAUCCACUUCCUCCUGGAUGGUUCCAGGCGACAGCUGAGAAUGGAUCAACGUAUUUUUACAACUCCACGGGCACUACACAAUGGCAACGACCAUCACAACCUGCUGACCAACCGCCUCCACCCCCUCCAAAGGCCAAAGCCAACACACAAUUGCUGCAGGACAUCAUCUCCAGCAUCACUGCUAAUGUUGAGCCUAGUGGACCAUCGGCAUCAAGUACGCCUAAGCCGGCGGCCGAUGAGGACUCAGCCAAGAAUUCGAAGACGGAGAAGUGGCGAAGUCUACCUCAAGAGAAGCAGGAGAAGAUCUACGAGGCGACUUUGUCGACGCAUGUCAUGUCAGUCACGUCGCAUUACCGCAAAAAGCUCGAAAAGGAUGAAGUCAAGCGCUUGAGUAAAGAGGUAGCAAAGAAGCUUGUAAGAGGUGACUACAAGUCGGGACGGGUCAAGGACCCCACGCAAAAGAUCAGCUCCAGUCACGAGAAGACGAUCAAGAAAUACGUAAAAGAAUUCAUGGACAAGGCCGUGCGAAAGAAAGAAGAACGCGAGAAGCAGAAAGGUGCAUCUAGCAAAACGAAAGUCGAAAGCCCGACCCCGAGCACACCAGCUGGCGAAAACAAGACCGAAGACAUAGCAUGGGACACAGCCGCCUCCCCAUCCGGCUCGCCCUCCGACCUCAAACGCAAACGUGAAGAAGAAGACGGCAGCCAAUCCCCGAAAAAAACACGAACUAGCAACGGAGACGUCGAUCCCGCACCCCCACUCCCACCACCUCCGCCCCCACCAGCAGAAGAUAUGCCUGCCGACCUGUACGACUCGAAUCACACGCCCAUGGAUGAUGCAUCCACGCCUUCCACACACGAGUUGGAGCCGUCCCCUGCAGCUAUCAAAAGUAAAGGGUCAGCUUUUGUAAACGGCGAUACAAGUCCUAUGCAACUCGUCACGCCCCCUACCAACGGCUCUGCGGACAAAAUUGCACACUUGCAAAAUGGACACACUUGA